CUAUCGUUUGCUUCGGGGUGAAUGAAUAGCAACACGUGCGCGCAAUAUUUUAUUUGGGAAAUCUGUUUUUAACCAUUAAAGUGUAUUAGAAAGCCAACUUAAGUAGCACCAUGUCUAUCCGAGAGAAGCUGCUGAUGAAGAAGAUCGUAAAGCGGGAGAAAAUGAAGAAGGAGCUUUCGCAGAAGAAGGGAAAUAACAAGGCCCAAAAGCAGGAGCCACCCAAACAAAAUGGCAAUAAACCCAGUAAAAAACCGAAGAAACUCAGUAACAAACAUGUGGCCGAUGAUCAGGAUGACGACUUAGAGGAGGAUUUCCAAGAGGCGCCGCUGCCCAAGAAGAAGCAACAAAAACAGCCUCCAAAAAAGCAACAAAUUCAGGUGGCCAACUCGGAUUCGGAGUCCGAUGAAGAUGAUGAUGAGCGGGAGGAUGAGGAUGACGAGAAUAGCGAUUUGGACGAAGAAGCCGAAGAUGAUGAGGAGGAAGUAGCCAGCGGUAGUGAAGAUGAUGACCAGCAGGAAGAUGAAGAUGACGAACCUGUGCCAGCUAAGAAAACAAAGUUGCUUCCAAACAAGUCCAAGGCACAGAAUGGCAAACCAGUCAAAGAUGACGAGCCGUUUACCGUGGAAUCCUCUCUGGCUGCUCUGGACUAUCGGGAUUCGGAUGAUCGCAGCUUUGCCUCACUAAAGGGAGCCGUGUCCGAGGCCACGUUGCGAGCCGUUAAGGAGAUGGGCUUUACCGAGAUGACUGAAAUCCAGGCGAAAUCACUGACACCCCUACUAAAGGGACGCGAUCUGGUGGGUGCUGCACAGACGGGUUCCGGCAAAACGCUGGCCUUCCUGAUACCCGCCGUCGAGCUGAUAAACAAGCUGAGGUUUAUGCCACGCAAUGGCACCGGAGUGAUCAUAAUCUCACCUACGCGAGAGCUGUCCAUGCAAACUUUCGGUGUGCUCAAGGAACUAAUGGCACACCACCAUCACACUUAUGGCUUGGUAAUGGGCGGCUCCAACCGCCAGGUGGAGAGCGAGAAACUGGGCAAGGGCAUCAACAUUCUGGUGGCCACACCGGGUCGUCUGCUGGAUCAUCUACAGAACUCACCCGACUUCUUGUACAAGAACCUGCAGUGCCUGAUUAUCGAUGAAGUGGAUCGGAUUCUGGAGAUCGGUUUUGAGGAGGAACUGAAGCAAAUCAUCAAUCUGCUGCCAAAACGCCGCCAGACGAUGCUCUUCUCGGCCACUCAGACAGCUCGCAUCGAAGCGCUUUCAAAGCUGGCCCUUAAGUCGGAACCAAUUUAUGUGGGUGUUCACGAUAACCAGGACACAGCGACCGUAGAUGGACUCGAGCAGGGCUACAUUGUAUGCCCCUCGGAGAAGCGACUGCUCGUGCUCUUCACGUUCCUCAAAAAGAAUCGCAAGAAGAAGGUGAUGGUGUUCUUCUCGUCCUGCAUGUCCGUCAAGUACCACCACGAGCUCUUUAACUACAUUGAUCUGCCAGUGACCUCUAUUCACGGUAAACAGAAGCAAACGAAACGAACGACAACCUUCUUCCAGUUCUGCAAUGCGGAAUCUGGCAUUCUCUUAUGUACGGAUGUGGCUGCUCGUGGAUUGGACAUUCCGCAAGUCGAUUGGAUUGUGCAGUACGAUCCCCCAGAUGAUCCACGCGAGUAUAUUCACAGGGUGGGACGAACGGCUAGAGGAUCGGGCACCUCGGGUCACGCCCUGCUUUUGAUGCGACCCGAAGAGCUGGGCUUCCUGCGCUACCUUAAGGCCGCCAAGGUGCCUCUCAACGAGUUCGAGUUCUCUUGGCAGAAGAUAGCCGAUAUUCAACUGCAGCUGGAGAAACUGAUCGCCAAGAACUACUUCCUGAACCAGUCGGCCAAGGAAGCGUUUAAGUCGUAUGUGCGCGCGUACGACUCCCAUCAGUUGAAGCAAAUCUUCAAUGUGAAUACGCUGGACCUGCAGGCGGUUGCGAAAAGCUUUGGAUUCCUAGUUCCACCCGUAGUUGAUCUGAAGGUGGGCGCGGCCAAGCGGGAGCGACCGGAAAAGCGAGUGGGCGGCGGCGGUUUUGGUUUCUACAAGAAAAUGAACGAGGGAUCGGCCUCCAAGCAGCGACACUUCAAGCAGGUCAACCGCGACCAGGCCAAGAAGUUUAUGCGUUAGUUUUUGUUAGAUUUAGGCAGAGAUACUGUUGCAUAUUGUAAAUCUGCUGCUUUACAAAUAGGCAAAAGAUAUAAAACUAAAUGUUUCCAAUUCA